CACCCUAAUUGCUCUCCACGGGGUCGGGAUUUGUAUGCUAUGCCGGUAGCUGCUGAGCGUUCCAGUCCACCUUAUCAUCGAUCACCUGUCAGGGAGAGGUGGUGUGAGCAUCAUCGGGUAAGGACUCACGGUACAUCUGAGUGCAGAGCCAGGGCUGAGAUCCUAGAUCCACAGUCUCCGCGACGACGAUGCUACCAUUGCAGAGGUCCAGGACAUUUGGUGAGAGAUUGCCCCUUUCGUGAGCGCCAGGGUGACCAAGCUCCAGGAGCUGCUGGCAGGUUCGAUCCAAGGAGCACCUCACGUGGAGACGUUACCUCUCAAGAAGGGAAUGGCAGUGACAGGGCCUACCGGACGGCCAGUUGCGGAACUCAAUGUUAGUGGUUCUUCAGUCCGCUGCUUUAUUGA